GCCCAUAUCUGGAACACUUCUCUCUGGUUUUCUUUCACACCCCUCUCUCUCUCUCUAUUGCGUUCUCUCUCUGGUGGUAAUUCCUCUGCUGAAAAGGAGAUCCAAGUUGAAAUAAAGACGUUUUUGGUUGGCAUGCUGAAGAAAGGGACCUGUCACGUUGGAUCUCACAGCUCUCGGCCACAGUAAUAGGGCACCUAAACGGGGGAUUUAAGGCACUUUAAGGCACUGAAGAGUACAAACCAGCACCGACAAACUUUGGAGGAAACUUUAGCUCACAUAACUGUGUUUGGAGAAGCCAGAGCAUUCGUUUACGUCCCACAGGAGUGGAAGACUUUUUUUGAUUAUUGGAGCCCAUUGAAACUUUCGAUCUGUUCAAUCUAUAGGCUGGCACUAUGAGUGCUGAAAACGACUUCUAUGACUACUCUGAUGAGUCCAAAAAUGCUGUGCCAACUAACCCCCCAGUCGAAAUUGUCCCACCGUGUGACCCCACAGCAGACGAAGGCCUAUUUCACAUAUGCAUUGCUGCCAUAUCUUUGGUGGUCAUGCUGGUCCUUGCUGUCCUGUCGAGACGGCAGAAGCUGGGUGAUAAUCAGAGUGGGGUCACGGGUUUACUCAGUCCAGUAAACUUUUUAGACCACACACAACACAAGGGCCUUGCUGUUGCUGUGUAUGGUGUUCUCUUCUGCAAGCUGGUCGGGAUGGUCCUCAGUCACCAUCCGCUACCGUAUACCAAAGAUGUUGUGUACAAAGAAUUCUGGUUGAUUCUGGCUCUGUUGUACUACCCCGCUUUGUAUUAUCCUCUGCUGGCAUGCGGGACGCUACAUAACAAAGUUGGUUAUGUUUUGGGCAGCCUGUUAUCAUGGACCCACUUUGGGGUUCUGGUCUGGCAGAAGGUGGACUGUCCCAAAACGCCACAGAUCUAUAAGUAUUACACGCUGUUCAGCAGUCUACCUCAGAUCGCCUGCCUGGCCUUCCUCAGUUUCCAGUAUCCGUUGCUUCUCUUCAAAGGAUUUCAGAAUACUGAGACAACCAAUGUCUCUGAGGACCUGAGCAGCAGUUAUUAUAGAGAUUAUGUCAAGAAAAUUCUCAAGAAGAAAAAGCCCACCAAAGUCAGUUCGAGCACAUCAAAGCCGAAACUGUUUGAAAGACUCAGAGAAGCUGUUAAAUCUUACAUCUACACACCAGAGGAUGUUUUUAGGUUCCCUUUGAAACUGGCAAUAUCUGUGGUUGUGGCGUUUAUUGCUCUCUAUCAGAUGGCGCUCUUGCUGAUCUCAGGAGUUGUGCCCACUCUUCACAUCGUCCGUAGAGGAGUGGAUGAUAAAAUCGCGUUUUUGUUGGCCGGUUUUAACAUCAUUUUAUCAGACGACCGUCAGGAGGUGGUCAGGAUUGUAGUGUACUAUAUGUGGUGUGUGGAAGCGUGUUACGUGUCAGCGGUCACCUUGUCCUGCCUGGUUAACCUCUUGAUGCUCAUGAGAUCCAUGGUCCUGCACAGGUCUAAUUUAAAGGGACUGUACAGAGGAGACAUCUUUAAUGUUUUUAACUGUCAGAGGAACGUAAGGCCGUCUCGACCCGCCCUGGUCUGCUGGAUGGGCUUCACCAGCUAUCAGGCUGCUUUUAUCUGUCUAGGUAUGGUGAUUCAAAGUCUGGUAUUCUUCAUCUGCCUUCUGUUUGCCGUUUUCCUGGUCAUCAUUCCCAUCCUGUACGGAAAGAACCUAUUACUGUUCCGUAUUAUUGGGAAAAUGUGGCCCUUCUGGUUGACGCUGUUCCUGGCUGCCCUAAUUCAGCAUCUGACUUCCAGGUUUCUGUUCAUCAGGAAGGAUGCGGGAACCCGAGAUCUGAACAAUAGAGGGAGUCUGUUUCUGCUCAGCUAUAUUUUCUUUCUGGUUAAUGUCAUGGUGGGUGUGGUAGUGGGCAUCUGGAGAAUGGUUAUCACCGCCCUUUACAACAUAGUCCACCUUGGACGCUUGGAUAUCAGUCUUCUGAACCGCAAUGUUGAGGCGUUUGAUCCAGGAUACCGCUGCUACGCUCAUUACCUGAAGAUUGAGGUCAGCCAGUCUCAUCCCGUGAUGAAGGCCUUCUGCGGUCUGCUACUGCAAACAACAGGACAUGACAACCUCUCCUCACAGAGGAUCCGAGAUGCUGAAGAAGGAAUCCAACUUGUCCAGCAAGAGAAGAAACAGAAUAAGUUAUCCAACAGCAAGCGGGCACGAGCGCACUGGCAGCUCCUCUACACGCUGGUCAACAACCCAUCAUUGGUGGGCUCCAGGAAACACUUCCAACGCCAAAGUUCUGAGAGCUUCAUCAACGGAGCCCUCAGCCGAACCAGCAAAAAAGACGGCAGCAUCAAGGAGCCUGACAAGGGUACUGAAAACACUGCCACCAACUGAGGACUGAUCCCCACCCCAGCCUCUUAAUACGUGAAGAUUGCUGGCCAGAUAUUCAUGAUAGUAUUGUUUGCUUUGGUGUAUCAGAGAAGUGCAGAUACAGCUCGGUGGCUCAGGAAGAACUUUGGCAGUUGUAGGAAACAGGUCUCUUGCAUGAUUGAUGGAUGUGUGUUGUGUCUUUUAUCCUGUGUGUGAGCGAGGUUCGGUACAUUUAGCAUAUCAGGAAAUUUAGCACUGGAAUCUCAGCUAACUGCUCGAUUUGAGGUAAAUGGGACUGUUUAUGAAUGUACAGGGGCAAAUUUGAAAAUUUUUGGUCUUCAAAUGCAUCAUUUUUGCACUUUUGUGAUUAUCAGUGAUGUAAAAUGUUCUUCUCAUAUAGAAAACUAACGGAUCUAACCAAAAAGGUCCAUUGUGAUGUGAUCUGUGUUUGUUCUUAUAAAUAUAUGGUAAUAAUUACUGUAAUUUUGUCAUUAUAGUUGUUCAUCUCUAUAAAAAAAAUGUAUACAAUCUGUUUCAGUUACAUUUGACACUUAAUUUUGAUUUUUUUCUUUUCUCUCUGAGAUAUAUUGUUCUGCUACCUAAUGAAUAUUAAAUAC